AUGAUACUGUCACGUAGGCCGAGGACAGACCGAGGACAGACCGAGGACAGACCGAGGACGGGCCGAGGACGGACCGAGGACGGACCGAGGACGGACCGAGGACGGACCGAGGACGGACCGAGGACAGACAGAGGACAGACCGAGGACAGACCGAGGACAGACCGAGGACAGACAGAGGACGGACAGAGGACGGACCGAGGACGGACCGAGGACAGACCGAGGACAGACCGAGGACAGACCGAGGACAGACAGAGGACAGACAGAGGACAGACAGAGGACGGACAGAGGACGGACCGAGGACGGACCGAGGACAGACCGAGGACAGACCGAGGACAGACCGAGGACAGACAGAGGACAGACAGAGGACGGACCGAGGACGGACCGAGGACGGACCGAGGACGGACCGAGGACGGACCGAGGACGGACCGAGGACGGACCGAGGACGGACCGAGGACGGACCGAGGACGGACCGAGGACGGACCGAGGACGGACCGAGGACGGACCGAGGACGGACCGAGGACAGACCGAGGACAGACCGAUUACAGUUGGCAAAAAUAA